UAACCACAGCCACCCAGAGAUAGAGGAGAUCUCCUUGGUGGUCCGUCGCCACAUGAACCACCCCCCCAGCAGCACCUUUCACCCUCAGGACUUCAGUGACCUCAUCAGCUUCAUUCUGUACGGCAGCCUGCAUCGUGGAGGGUAUGCUCCUUGGCUCUGUGUGUGUGUGUGUGUGGGGGGGGGGUUCGUUCUGCUGACCUGUGUGUCAUCUGCUAACGUGGGUCCCGUGCGGCUCAGUUGGUAGAGCGUGGUGCUUGCAACGGCAGGGUUGUGGGUUGGGUUCGAUUCCCACGGGUUACCGGUAUGGGGGGGGGGGGGGGUAUGAAAAUGUAUGCGGUCACUACUGUAAGUCACUCAGGAUAAGAGCGUCUGCUAAAUGACAAUGUAAAUGUGUAAUCUGCUAACGUGUGUGUCUCUCCCUACAGUAAAGAGCCGUGGCUGGAGCGUCUGUACCACAGCUGUCAGCGUCUGGAGAAGCGCGAGGGUGGUGGUGGCUCAUCAGGUGGUGAAGGGGGUGUGUGUGGCUCCGGCCCGGGUGUGAGUGUGUGUGUACCACGGGGUCUGCUGAAGACGGAGGCGGUGCUGUGGCAGUGGGCGGUGUGGGAGGCAGCUCAGUUCACCGUGUUAUCUAAACUCCGCACGCCACUGGGACGGGCACAGGACACCUUCCAGACCAUAGAGGGUAAGGGCUGUUACGCAGGCACCAAAACACACGUUCACUCACUAAAACUCACAAAAACACUCAGUCCAGGGUUUUCCCCAUGAUGUUUUUUAACAUGGUGUUGCUGAUAAGGUGGGGGAGGCCUGGAGUGGGGGGGGGGGUUCGUUCUGUAACUGAACCCCUGUAGCUGAACCCCUGUAACUGAACCUGCAAUUUAGUGUCUUAAACCAGGGGUGUCAAACUAAUUUUGCCCCGUUGGCCGCAUUCAGUAUUCAGCAAGGUCCGCAGGACUGCUCUGAAAAUGGGUUAUAUUUCCUUUUUCAAUGCUCCCUGACUGUCUAGCUUUCGUGUCGGUGAUCAGUCUAUUAGCGAGCUGGACAGUCAAGAAACUGAAUGAAUAUAGGUCCGUCAUUUCUACACAGUUUCCAUUUGGUUGUAGUAAUUUUAAUGUAUAUUAAGCGCCUAGCCAAUCCUAUCCUAUCCAAGCCAAUCCUAUCCAAGCCAAGCCAAUCCUAUCCAAGCCAAGCCAAGCCAAGCCUAUCCAAGUCUAUCCUAACCUAUCCAAGCCUAUCCUAUCCAAGCCAAUACAAUCCUAUCCAAGCCAAUACAAUCCUAUCCAAGCCAAUACAAUCCUAUCCAAGCCUAUCCUAUCAAGCCAAUCCUAUCCAAGCCUAUACACAUUUUGGAUGUACAUGUUGCCUCUUUCAAGAACAUAUUCUUUGCUCUCUCCUCCCUCCCUCUCUCCAGGUAUGAUCCGCAGCCUGGCGGCCCACAGUAUGAACACGGAACAGGAGCUUAGCCAAUGGAGCGCCGGCGACACGGACGACGGUCACCAUAGCAACCAGCUGCGUCUGGCACUGCUCUUGCAGUUCCUGGAAAACCUGGAGAAACUGAUGUACAACGCCUACGAG